CGACGCGCGCGACACACCGCGCCGCACACGAUGCUCACGUUGACGCGCACGCAAAUCACGCUCCCCGCCCGCGCGCCCGCGCGCGCGAGGCGCACGGCGCGCACGGCGCAAAGCGCGCGCGUCAUCGCGCGCGCGCGGACGUCCGCGGUCGUCGAGGAUGAAUUCGCGACGGACGACGACGUCGUCAGACGAGGACAGACGGCGGCUAUGGCGACGGCGGCUUCCAUGUUUUUCGCGGAUCGCGCCGACGCGGCGCAAGAGUUGAUGCAAACCGCGCUCGAUGGACGCCCGCUCAUCUUCUUGGCGGUGUUUGGACCGGUCUUGGGUUGGGUGGCGUAUAACAUUCUCUCCCCGGGGUUGAGACAGCUUGAAAACAUGCAAGCGGUGAACGCAAAGUCGAGCAAGAAGCGCGCCGCCGGCGCGCUGGCGGGCGGCUUGACGGCGAGUGCCUUGAUGGGCAUGCCGGAAGCGUCUGAUGCGGCUCAAAACGUUGCGGAUCUUGCCGGCAUCGAUGGCCGCAUCGCCAUCUUUUUUGUGUUCGCCCCGGUUCUCGGCUGGGUGGCGUACAACAUUCUCGGCCCGGGUCUUCGUCAGUUCGAAGACAUGCAAAAGGCUGCCGCGAAGAAGAAGGGUGUGCUCGCGGGUGCGGGUCUCUCGGCUGCCGCUUUGAUGGGCAUGCCGGAAGCCUCCGACGCUGCGGAACAGCUCGGUGAGCUCGCCGGCAUCGAUGGCCGCAUCGCCAUCUUUUUUGUGUUCGCCCCGGUUCUCGGCUGGGUGGCGUACAACAUUCUCGGCCCGGGUCUUCGUCAGUUCGAAGACAUGCAAAAGGCUGCCGCGAAGAAGAAGGGUGUGCUCGCGGGUGCGGGUCUCUCGGCUGCCGCUUUGAUGGGCAUGCCGGAAGCGUCUGAUGCGGCUCAAGAAAUUGGCACCCUCGCUGGCAUCGAUGGCCGCAUCGCCAUCUUUUUUGUGUUCGCCCCGGUUCUCGGCUGGGUGGCGUACAACAUUCUCGGCCCGGGUCUUCGUCAGUUCGAAGACAUGCAAAAGGCUGCCGCGAAGAAGAAGGGUGUGCUCGCGGGUGCGGGUCUCUCGGCUGCCGCUUUGAUGGGCAUGCCGGAAGCCUCCGACGCUGCGGAACAGCUCGGUGAGCUCGCCGGCAUCGAUGGCCGCAUCGCCAUCUUUUUUGUGUUCGCCCCGGUUCUCGGCUGGGUGGCGUACAACAUUCUCGGCCCGGGUCUUCGUCAGUUCGAAGACAUGCAAAAGGCUGCCGCGAAGAAGAAGUAGACAUUUCGCAAGAGCUGCGUCAAGUCUCCGAUUCACGAACUCGACAACAAACACAUAGUAUUUAGUCCUCCGAGAACGUUGCGCUCUCGACAGAGCAUCGCUCGAAAAUGCAAGCUUGUAA